AUGACGUUAUUACCACCAACGGCACAACAGCAAAAACGGAUAAACGAGGAGGUUUCGACAGAUCCAGAAACGAGGAAACGCGAUGUGGCUGCUAUACGCGAUUGGCUCUCGAAACAACCUCAUCUGCCUAAUCAUAUGGAUGAUACAAGGCUCGAGAGAUUUCUGUUUGGCUGCAAAAAUAGCAUAGAAAGAUGCAAAUUGAUUUUGGAACGAUAUUUCAGCGUACGUACCGCAAUUCCAGAAUUUUUCGCCGUUCGAGAUCCACUUGCACGAGAAAUUCAAGAAUGUUGCGAAGCGAUCCAAUAUUUCGUUUUACCAUCAUUAACCGACGAAGGAUACCGGGUGACUAUUUUACGAUUAAAGGACAGUGCGAUAGAUAAAUUUUCUAUUCAGACCAUCUCUAGAAGAAUUCUUAUGGUCUUGGAUACUCGUCUGAUAGAAGAACAAUGUCUAUCAAAUAUUAUGGUGAUCGAUCUUGAGGGAUUUGGUGUGGUUCAUUUUACGAAAUGCAGUCCAACUCAGAGCAUUGUUCGUAAGGCAAUGUUGGCAAUGCAAGAUAGCAUGCCAUUACGACUUCAUAGAGUUCACUUUCUUCACGCUCCUGCAUUCAUAGAAAAUAUUUUAAAUAUAUUUUAUCCUUUAUUGAAAGUUCGACUUGUUCAAAAAUUUCGUAUUCACACUGGUGGUGGUGAGGAAUUGCAUUCUUAUAUGAACAAAAAUAUACUUCCAAAUGAAUGGGGUGGGAAAGCAGGCACCUUGGAUGAGUUGAAUGGUUUGUUAAAAUUUUUAAUUGUUCACAUGAUUGGAUAUUUUAGAAAAUUAUUUUUAUCUUUCUCUUCUUUUACUCAAAUAAUAUUUUUAGAUGCGUGGAAAAAGAAAAUUGAGAAAAACAGGGACUGGUUUUUGCGAGAGGAAAAGCUCAGUCGAACAAACGAAAAUGCUAGACUUCCAGAAUCAAAAACGAGAAUUUUAAAAGAAUUGGAAGGAUUACAGGGUUCUUUUAGACAAUUAAAUAUUGAUUAAAAUUUCUUGAAUAUAUUUUCUAUAAAUUCAUUUUCGUUUAUUUUUUAUUUUUAUUGUAUUUUUAUAUUGUAUUUAAGAUCGUGCCUAAUAAAAAAAUGUUAAAAUAAAAAA